UUAUUUCUCGACACUUCUCUUCGAAUCGAAUCUCUUCACUCAAUCUUUGGUGUUGUGCUCCUCCAUGCAUUGAGACUUACUUGAUGGAUGGCCGAGAGUGAGUGCCGUCUCUUCUAUCGAUACUUCAGACAACCGAUACGGGUAGAGAGUGAGAAUGAAGGUGGCACCAGCAACAGCGACGGCGAGUAGUAGUGCUGCUGCUGUCACUGAUCGAAUAACUCCCGAUACAGACGACAAAGUGCUCCUCUCCAUUGCUGCCAAGCAAUCCGUCUUGAUUCAACCGCUCAUCACAUUGACCUGCUACAUUCCCUCUGCGAGUGUCGGAGCCGUGAUUGGACGGAAAGGACAAACGGUGGAUAAGAUCCAACACAAAGCGCAACAGGCAGGAACGUCCCACGGACUCGUUCGCCUUUGCAUUCUGGGAAAUCAGCAGAAUGAACUAGUGGGCGAUGAUCAUUCUUCACGACAACCACAGCAAGCACAACAGAACAAUAGUGAAACAGCAUCCUCUCCCGAACAACAACAGUCGCCAUCCGCACAACCAAACAACGCAGCAACGACCACAACAACAACAACAACAACGCAUAAUUCCUCCUCCUCCUCUAGUGUCCCGUACACAUACACGGAACUUGAUUUCUCCGAUCCCAAUUGGACACCGGUCGUCAUUCGAUCCGAUCCGUGUGCGACGCUUGUUUGUGCCCAGUUAUUGAACGAAAAGGCCGGCCGGAUUAUGGACGAUGUCAUUAUGGAUGUUCCAUUAGGGCGCAACAAGCAUGCGGCCGUGGUGGGACGACGAGGAUUUAUUUUGGGAAAUCUGUCGGCCGACUGCCAUGUGAGAAUCAUGAUUCCACGAAAAGAACUCCGUCAUGAUAUUAUCCAACUCGAGGGGGAACUCGAGAAUGUCAAACAGUGCUUGGAACGCAUCCUCGAAAUCACAAGCACAUCCACAUCCAAUUCCAAUAAUGAACAACAACAAGCAGGUGGGAAGAAAAAGGCAAAUGACAAGCAGCAAGAAAAAGACGAAGAGUCUGAAACCGUCACGCUUCCAGUGUUGCCGCCACAGACCAAACUCAAGACCAUUGGCAAAAAGACGGAAACCGCCAUUAAAAAGAAAAAGACGGAGGAUGGUCACUGGGACCUGACCGUCUUUGGGACAUCCGCAGAGAAUGUCAAGGCGGCAGUUCUACUGUUGAAAAAAUUGAGUGACACGGCCACCAAAGGUUCACCCACUGGUGCAAGCAGCAGCACUCCCACGAGGGCUCGUGGUCGUGGGAGACAACGCAACAAUAAAAAAGUUGGAAACAACAGCAAACACAACAAGUCGGGAAAGUCUCCUCCUUCCUAA